GAACAGAACUUAUUUUUAGGUUUAGUCUGAGCCUGAAAUAAACUGAGAAGGCUGAGUAGUGUUACGAUAAACAGGGAGUAAAACAGAGACAGGAAAUAGGGGGUCUUUGGUAAUGAGAUCCAGCCACUCUUGAAACAGAAAGCCAGAGAAGGCAUUACUUGAAAAUAGUUUCUCAGUGACUGCGUAAUAAUUUUUAGCUUGUUAUUCAACAUUAAAAGGGAACAGUUUCUGCAGAUUUAUACUAUUCUUGAAAGAUCCUUUUUUAAAGAUCAAUUAGCGAGUUAUAUUUUUGAAGUUUUUAGAGUUACAUUGUUGUUGUUCCUAACUGAUCUGCUGUUUAAAAAAACCAGAUGUUUGGGGGAGAGUCCAAAGUUUAUACAGUUGUGUGUUAUCUAUACAUCUGUGAGAAGCAUUUUGGAUAAGACUGUGGGACAGAGGCAGAAGAUUUAGCUUAAAAUGUGAACACACAUUCAAGAUUUUAGAAGUUGAGGGUUGAAAGGGGAAGAAGUCACAGCUAUAUCCUGUAGAACAAAGCAGUGCGUUUGCUUCCAAAAGUUUCUUUUAACCCUGGGAAUGUGACUGCUGAGAUGGGCCCAAAGCAUGGAUGGUGAGAUUGAUAUUUACAGGCACUUCACGUGGCUAAAGAGGCAGUGUGCUGUUCUUCCCCGAAUACUUGAUGUUCAAGGUGCAGGAAAGCCUCCCCUACCAUUGUGUGUGAGCCAGAGAGACAUACUGGGGAAGGCCUGUGGGCUGUCCAUUAAGAAAACUCAUUUAAUGUCACAGGUGAAUCAUCAUUCAUCUAAUAAUGAAACCUAUCAAGAAAGAUUGGCACGAUUAGAAGGUGAUAAAGAGUCGCUCAUACUGCAGGUGAGUGUUCUUACAGACCAGGUAGAAGCUCAAGGAGAGAAAAUCCGGGACUUAGAAAUCUGUCUUGAGGGGCAUCAGCUGAAACUGAAUGCUACAGAAGAAAUGCUUCAACAGGAGUUGCUAAGUCGAACAUCACUAGAGACUGAGAAAUUAGAUCUAAUGGCUGAAGUUUCAGACCUGAAGAUUAAGCUUGUUGGCAUGGAAAAGGAACAGAGUGAAUAUGAAGAGAAACAGAAUAAAGCUGAGGGUUUGCUACAGGAACUUAGACAUCUCAAAAUUAAAGUGGAAGAGCUGGAAAAUGAAAGAAAUCAAUACGAGUGGAAAUUAAAAGCAACUAAAGCUGAGAUAGCCCAGCUUCAAGAGCAAUUAGCGCUCAAAGACGCAGAAAUAGAACGCUUACAGUGUCAGCUAUCUAGGACUUCAUCACAUAGUGAAGUGGCAGAAAGAGAGGAAGUUUAUAGGAGAAGGCUAAAAGAAAAACAUCAAGAAGUUCAACGGUUGAAGAUAGGAAUGGAAUCAUUAUUGGCUGCAAAUGAAGAAAAGGACCGUCGAAUAGAGGAGUUAACGCUAUUGCUAAGCCAGUACAGGAGGGUCAAAGAGAUAAUGAUUGCAGCUCAUGGCUCUUCCGUGUCUGGUGGCAACGAAGAGGAACUUGAGACAACUUUAAGGAAGUGGAAUCUUUUGAAUAAUCCUCAAGGAGAAUUAUUUAAACCAGAGGCCUCUUCAGGAGAAUUGUCACCAGCUAUGAUCUCUCCAGUGCCACACAAAGCUAUGGAAAUCAGUGGAAGCAUUCCAGUAUCUUCAACUAAUUUAACCUCUCCACAAGAAGAAUCUUUGGAAAUCAUAAAUAGGGUUCCACAGAAAAAAAAGUCAAGUAGUUUAGAAGACUUACAGAGUGAAUCCCUAGAAAAGUAUGUAGACGGAAAACCAGUACAGCCUGUUGUAGAACAAGAGAAUAAGCCACUUGUGAAAGGCAGCAAGUACCAAACCUUGCCGGGGAAGCUGCCUCGACCCUUACAGAAUGGAGAGCAGGGUACCUAUAAUUUGCCGGAUGGGGGCAGCAUGAAUGACAGUGAGGACAGCAGCACCCUGGGCCUAAGAGAAACGGAGAAUGUGGAUGGUACAGUAGUGUCGGAUGACCUUUCACCUCUUUCUUCGGGAACGGAUUCAGGUCCACAGUCUCCAUUGUCUCCAGAAAACAGAAAGAGUCCGAAAGGGAUCAAGAAAAUCUGGGGAAAAAUAAGAAGAACUCAGUCAGGUAACUUCCCUGCAGACGAUCUGGGUUUGGCAGAGUUUCGCAGAGGUGGUCUCCGUGCAACAGCUGGACCUCGGUUAUCCAGAUCAAAGGAAACCAAAGGCCAGAAAAGUGACUACAACGCUCCGUUUGCUCAGUGGAGCACUGAAAGAGUUUGUAACUGGCUUGAGGACUUUGGCCUCGGUCAGUACGUAAUUUUUGCACGGCAGUGGGUGACUUCAGGCCAUACACUGUUAACUGCAACACCUCAGGACAUGGAAAAGGAAAUGGGAAUAAAGCAUCCACUGCACAGGAAGAAAUUAGUUUUGGCCAUUAAAUCAAUAAAUGCAAAACAAGAUGAGAAGUCUGCACAACUUGAUCAUAUCUGGGUGACACGAUGGCUUGAUGAUAUUGGGUUACCUCAGUACAAGGACCAGUUUCAUGAAUCCAGAGUUGAUGGGAGAAUGUUGCAGUACUUAACUGUGAAUGACCUUCUUUUUCUGAAAGUCACCAGUCAGCUGCAUCACCUGAGUAUUAAAUGUGCCAUUCACGUGCUGCAUGUCAACAGUUUUAACCCCCACUGCCUACGCAGGAGACCAGUUGAGGAGAAUAACGUUUCGCCUUCUGAAGUAGUUCAGUGGUCCAAUCACAGAGUGAUGGAAUGGCUCAGAUCAGUCGAUCUGGCAGAGUAUGCACCGAACCUUCGAGGAAGCGGAGUGCAUGGUGGCCUGAUUAUUCUCGAGCCUCGCUUCAACGGUGACACACUGGCAAUGCUGCUGAAUAUUCCACCUCAGAAAACCCUACUGCGCCGCCACCUAACAACCAAUUUUAACGUAUUAAUUGGACCAGAGGCACAACAAGAAAAAAGAGAAAUAACGGAGUCAACAGCAUACACACCUCUGACCACCACUGCCAAAGUUCGGCCAAAAAAACUUGGAUUUUCACAUUUUGGAAACUUAAGAAAAAAGAAAUUUGAUGAAUCAACGGACUACAUUUGUCCCAUGGAUACAAACCCAGCUGCUACGAAUGGUACUCAGAAAAACUAUGGCGGAUGCAAAGGACUUAGUCCAUUCACUGACAGGGAACUGGAUCAGGUGGGACACACAGACUGACGCCAUUCUCAUCUCAUCCUCUCCAUGCAUUCCAAAGCUUGCAAAUAACCAACUGUUAGCGUGUAACAAAGUAUUUGCUACAUCUGCAUGAACUCAUUGAGAAAGUAUUGGCUGUGGACACUGGAAAGAGUUCUAUACUAAGAAUGUCAGGUUAAUUUUUUUAAUCAACAUAAUAAACUCAUCCAUCUUCAAGCCCUUUUUCAGGAAUAUAACACCUUUACACUAUGAGGACUGAUGUAUUUUGACAAUUAAGGUGGAGGUUGCAGUAAACACAAGACUUUUGUACUUAUAGUUUCAUAAUCUGAGUAUGGCACACUACUUUUUUCAUUAUCUUUAUGGGUGGUUUUUAAUGUAAUAAAUUUAUUUGGACUAAUUUGUACAAAGCAAUCAAGUUCUACAUGAAAGUACAACUGGAUUGUCUAUUUUUAACAGAUGUUAAUCAAAGAAUCCAACUGAAUUUUUCUUUCAUUAUGUACAGUGGGGAGAAGUUAUGCUUAGGCACUGUAUGUGAAAACAAUGCAUCAGUAAUGAACAAGAUUAUUAAUAAAAUCAAUACUUAAGUCA